GUUCAGAAUAACUGAUAAAGGCACGAAUUCGUGAGAGUAGGUGUGAUGGCCUCAGAGGAACAGCCCGGAGCAGCAGGAGGGAGGGCGAGGAGAAGUAGUAAGGACGAGCCUCCAACAGUGUCUGAUUUCAGGCUGGUUCUGGUGGGGAAGACUGGAGCAGGAAAGAGUUCCAGUGGAAACACUAUCCUGGGAAGAGAGGCCUUCAGAGCUGCUUCCAGUCACUCCUCAGUGACCGCUGAAUGCUCCAAGCAGCAGGAAAGGGUGUUUAAGAAGAUGGUCUCAGUGGUUGACACUCCCGGCCUCUUUGACACGUUCCUGCCAGAAGACGCCGUAAAAAGGGAGAUCUCCAAAUGCAUCAACAUGUCAGCUCCGGGGCCCCACGCAAUCCUGCUGGUCAUCAGCGUGGGACUCUUCUCAGCAGAGGAACGAGAUGCUGUGAAGAAGGUGGAGGAGAUCUUUGGAGAGGGUGCCUGGAGGUACACCAUCAUCCUCUUCACUCACGGAGACAAAGUCGGAGCAGACUUUGACGAGUUCAUAACGAAGGAGUCAGGACCUGAGCUGCAGGAGGUCCUGAAGAAGGCUGGAAACAGAUACCACGUCUUCAACAAUCUCAAAGCCAAUGACCGCCGCCAAGUCCUGAAUCUGCUGAAGAAGGUGGAUAAGAUGGUGGCCGACAAUGGAGGAGAGUUUUACUCCAAUUACACCUACCUGGAAGUUGAGAAAAUGUUGAAACAGAGAGAGUCAGAACUCAGAGAGUUCUUCGAGAAGAAGCUGGAGGAGGAAAUUAAAGCUGUAGAGUCAGAGUACAACAAGAAGCUGGUGGAGGCUCAGGAGGAGAAACAGCAGGUGGAGGAGGAACUGCAGUCUGAGCUGGAGGAGCUGAAGCGGUAUUAUUGGGCUUUAGAGAGCGGAGUCCAUCAGGUCGUGGAGCAGAUGACCAGAGAUGACUGUUUUGAUGAAAUCCUCACCAAGUUCCACGAGACCCUGAAGAUAAACUGAGCUGACAUCAUCAGUUAUGUAGCUCUGUUCUUCAAAUUAAACUCAUGUUACUGUAACCACUGCAAAAAGAGAAACACUGUUCAGUCUGUUCCAAGUGGUCAGAGUCAUCAUGUUAACCACAUGUAACAGUAACUACAGUGUAGCUGGAACCAAAAUCUUCAUCUUUAAAACCAACAUAAUGAAAAAAGUCUGUCACUGAAUCAAACCUGUAGGCAAAUGUAGUCUCAUCACAUUACUGUGAGUGUGAUGUUAUAACAUCUUCAUCCAGCAGACUGUUAAAAAAGAAUGAAUCAUGAGGUGUAUAAAAUAGCAUAGGCAUUUUAUUGUCAUUCAGAACAUACAGUUAGUGCACAACAGAAUGAAAUGUUGAUGCAUUUACUCACCAUCAGAGUGUACGAUAUAAAUAAAUAAAUAAAUCGAUGAAAUAUAAGAAUAUAUUUCAUUUUUUUCUUCUUUUUUCAGUUUCUUUCUC